AUGAAUCAGAAUAUCCAUAUUACCUUAAUUGAUGAGGAUUCAGAGGUGAAAUAGGUGGGGAACUCAGAAAUUCAAAUCAAUGAAGAAUUGUGCAAUAUUUAAGAAAAAUUAAACAUAGAGAAUACUGAGAUAUAUUUUCCUCACAAACCUUACGAUGUUCAAGUAAAGUAUAUGGAAAGUGUAGUCCAAAUCUUAGAUAAGAAAUGCAAUGGAUUAUUAGAAUCUCCAACCGGAACUGGUAAGACUUUAUCUUUGCUAUGCUCAACUAUGGGUUGGCUCCAUAAACAUAGAAAAGAGCAAUAGAAAUCUGGUGCUUCUAGCAAUUUAAAAAUAAUUUAUGCUUCAAGAACUCAUGCACAAUUAAAAUAAGUAGCUUAAGAAUUAAAGAGAACUGUUUAUGCACCAAAUAUAUCUAUGGUUGGCUCAAGGGAUUAAUAUUGUUUAUUAGAUUUUUCAAAUUUAAAAGGAAAUGCUUUAAUAUAAGCAUGUAGAAGGUUGGUUAAAAGAAAUAAGUGUUAAUUUUACAACAAAGAUUCAUUACCAAAUAUAGCAGCUUAAAAUUCUAAAUUGAUCAAUACUUUAGAAGAAUCUAAAUAAUUUGGACAUAAUAAUAAUGUAUGCCCCUAUUACUUUGAAAGAGAAAGAUUAACAAAUGCUGAUUUAAUAUUAUUACCAUACAACUAUUUACUAGAUCGUGAAUUUUCUAAUAUUGUGAAUACAGAAAAUUCAAUUAUUAUUUUUGAUGAAGCUCAUAAUGUUCCUUCAGCUGCUGAAAAUGGAUAAUCAUUUUUUAUAAAUGAAACCAUAGUUUAAGAAGCGAAAAAAGAACUAGAAAGAUGGCUGAAAGAAUUAUACGAGAUGCCUGACUUUUUUUCAGGAUUCUAAUAAGUUUUAAAUUAGAAAAAGCUAUCCUCUUUGAGUUUAAGAGAAUAUGAAGACAUUGUCUAAACGAUUGGAGCUUUUUCAAUUUUUUUGUAAAACUUAUAAGGAGCUUCAUAUUUCGAUCCAUAAUAGACGAAUGAUUAAUGCAAAGUUUUUGAUGCUGAAUAGAUAUUUAAUUUCCUUUAUGAGAACACUUCUAUCAAUAAAAAAAAUGGAGGUACAAUAUUUUCAAAUGGAAUUAAUGGGGAUAAUAUCUCUUUAUACAUCUCAUUUUGUGUAGCAAUAAUUACUUAUAUGAGCGAAACUUCUCCUCAUGAUGGUUCUAAUUUUCACUCUUGGAUUAGAUUUGUAAUUAACCUGUAUAAUUUAGAUGAAUUUGAUGAUUAUUUAGAUGAUGAUGAAUAAUUACAAUACUUUGACUUCUAUAAAUUAGCAAUUAUAAAGAACAUCCAGAAUUAAAUAUCCCUUAAUAUGUGGUGCUUAGAUCCUUCUUUAGCAUUUAAGAAAUUGAAAUUAAAUAAUAUAUGUUCCAUAAUUUUUACUUCUGGUACAUUAGCACCUAUGGAAUCUUGGUAAAGUGAAUUAUAAAUGGAGUUUAAGAUACAAUUAAGUAAUAAACAUGUAAUAGACAUUGCCAAUAAUGUAAGAGCAUUUUAACACUUAAGUUUCGAUUUUUCUUAUUAAAAAAGAGAAAAUGAAGAUUAAAUUAUAAACUUAGGAUUGGCCAUACUAAAUUUUUCAAAAGUAAUAAAAGGUGGAAUUAUUAUUGUGUUUUCUUCCUAUGGUCUUAUGCAAAAUAUUAGGAGGAGAUGGGCAAAUUAAUAAUUGAUAUAAAGACUAAAUGAAGUGAAAAAAUGUUUAUGGGAAGAAUAAGGAAGUGCUUAAUUUCACAACACAUUAGAAGUUUUUAAACAGAAUGGUCAAAAAGGAGCUAUUCUAUUUGCAGUUCAUAGAGGAAAAGUUACAGAAGGAAUUGAUUUAUCUGAUGAUUUAUGUAGAGCAGUAUUUUUGAUUGGAAUUCCUUACCCUCCAUUAAAGGAUUAAAAAAUUAAAUUAAAGAAGCAAUUUUUAGAUUAAUAACUAGCUAAAAAUAGAUAAGGUUUAACUAGUAAAGAUUGGUAUAUGUAAUAAGCUGUAAGAGCAACAAAUUAAGCAAUUGGAAGAGUUAUUAGACAUAUUAAUGAUUAUGGAGUGAUAUUCUUUUGCGAUCGAAGAUUUUUAUGGUCGAAUAUGAAGAAUAGUCUAUCCAAAUGGGUUUAACCAGCCAUUCAGUCAUGGAAAAAUGAUGAAGAUGUUCUCUUUAAUCUAAAAAAUUUUUUUUAGAGAUAAACUCAAUAACAAAAUUUAAUUAAACAGACUUCGAAUCAAUAAGAUAACUAAAUUUUCUAAGAAUAGGAAAGAAAAAAUAUAUUUCAGGAAACUCAGAAAUAUGUGUAUUAAUAAUUUAAAUAGUCUUCUGAUGUACAACCACCUAAUACAAUUCCAUCUAAAUAACAAUAAAAUUAAAUUGAAUUCAAAGAUUACCUUAUAACAGAGAAUAAAAAAUAACGAAAACGAAUAGAAGAAUUGUCAGAUGAAGAAUUGAUAUAAUUUUUGGAUGAAGAAUACAAUUAAAGUUCUGAUUAAUGGAAAGAGGAUUUUUCAAAUUAAGAGAUGGAAGAAUAAUCUCAGUCUUCAGAAGAAUUAUUAGAAGAAUCUUAAUCAUUAGAAGGACUUUAAUCAUAAGAAGGAUCUUAAUCAUUAGAAGAAUCUUAAUCAUUAGAAGGAUCUUAGCAUGGUAAUAAUGAGGAAAGUGAAGGAAAUAAAAUUAAGAAAAUUAAAUAUAAUAAAUCGAAUCUAAAUGAACACAAAAAAAAAUGA